UUCCCAAUAUGAUAGCCAAAGCCCUAAGUAAUUCGAUCAAAUUCCGAUUGGUCUAGAGCCAAAACUGCGGCGUUUCGACCUUGAAUGCGCCUGCAAGUCUGCAAGUAAUACAAACCAAACGCAGAGGGUGCUUUAACUGCUAAAGAACCAGAGGCAGUCGAUCUCAUCAGCCGAAACAGGCGGCGGAAGAAGACAUGGGCGAUCCCUACCGUAUAUACUUCACCCCGCCCGAAAGAGACAGUGUUGCAAGGCCAAGCUUUCCCGGCUACUUGUCGUCGGAAACACCCUCAUUGCUAUUCAAUCCUACGAUUCCCUCUACCGAUACGCAGCGGAGUUAUGCUUCCGAUUUUCUGCAGAGAGAUGGAUUGUGGUAUUUGAUCUGCUUGCAGAUAAGAUCAAUGACUACUGGUACUGGGGUAUAUGCUGUAGAUGAUGCCGGAGGUCUUCGGUUUCGUCAUGAGUCAGUUCUUGGUGUAACAGCAGGAGCCAGCCCAAACGGUUAUUCAUCGCUUUUAGAAGUUCCGAGUUUGAUAAGCCAAAGACACGAUGUUGCUGCAGUAAGUAUUAGUCCUAAUGUUCCUGCUGACUUAAGUUUAGAAAGGCCAACUGGCUCUUUGAGAAAUGCCGAUGUUCUUCCUGUGAAAGGGGAAUCAAACGUUUUGUUUGUCGAUGGACUUCCCACUGACUGUACCCGAAGAGAAGUAAGUCAUAUAUUUCGUCCAUUUGUUGGCUUUAAAGAAAUCAGAGUCGUUCACAAGGAGCCUAGACGUAGUGGCGAUAAGGCUAUGGUUCUGUGCUUUGUGGAGUUUGCUGAUCCGAAGUGUGCUCUGACUGCUAUGGAAGCUCUUCAAGGUUACAAGUUUGAUAACAAGAAACCCGAAUCCCCUGCAUUGAAGAUCCAUUUUGCACAUUUUCCAUUCAAUCUACCAGAUGAUGACAAUGAACAUAGAAUUCGAAUCCCACGGUGACAAAAAAUGGCUGAUUAGAAAUCUGUCCGAGUUGUCUUGGUCCGUGGAUGUUACAGAAACGAGUAAUGUGCACAAGCAGCUCCAGAGUCCAUGCAUUACGCUGAUUUAGAAUCGCUUCUUGGUUAUAGUUUUAAAAUGGAAAACCCAUUCAAUUGAAUUGUUGCAUCAUUUGGUUGAUGAUAGGGAAAGGCGUAUGGACGGUGAAGCCACCGCAAGUUUACGACAACGGCACAGGAAUGCCGAAAGAUGCGGCUUGCUGGAGCCUGUUUCGUGAUGUUUUCGGUAGGUCUCGACUUACUAUUUGUAUAUUGUGAUGCUUUCAGUGAAGUCAUUGGAAUAUAAUACUGUUUCAAAGGUAA